GCUCCUGCCCAGGAACGGCUGCUCGUGCGAGGCGGAGGCCGAGGCGGGGCUGGCGCUGCCGCUGCGCCGGAGGCUCUUCGGGCCCGGCCCGGGGGGGCUCGACUUUGCCAGCGCCUUCGCCCCCGGGGAGCGGCCGCGGCAGCUGCGGCUGCGGGAACGGGAGUACCGGAGCUACCGCAACCGGGUGCAGACCCCCGCCGACCGCCUGCUCAUCGUCCCGGCCAACUCCCCCCUGGAGUACCCGGCACAGGGGGUGGAGGUGCGGCCGCUGCAGACGGUGCUGGUGCCCGGGCUGAGCCUGCAGGCGCCCCCCAGGAACAGGUACCAGGUGAACCUGACGGCCUCGCUGGGGACCCUGGCGGUGGCGGCCGAGGUGGAGGGGGUGGCCCUGCGGGGGGAGGGGCAGCCCCACCUGUCCUUGGCCGCCGCCCACCUGGACCACCUGAACCGGCAGCUGCAGUUCGUCACCUACACCAACACCCAGUUCCACCCCGACACCGCCGACAUCGGUGG